AUGGCGGUAAUUGACAAUAUCGCAGCGCCUGCUUCGGUGCUAUUUAUCGUAAGUUACAUUACAGUUUUUAUUUUAUCAACGGUUGGUAACACAUGGGUUUUGCUAACUUGCUACAAGACUUUAAAGAGAAGACAUUCCCCUUUUACGUGGUUAUUGGUGAAUUUAGCGACGGCAGAUCUCCUAUUUACUCUACUUUCCGCAUUUAACAUGAUUGGAUAUUUGUGGCGCUGGAUAGGUGGAAACAACACUUGUAAGCUUCAAGGAUUCUUUGUGGAGGCGAGCUAUACGACUUCCAUCAUGACACUUGUAACUAUUAGCUACCAACGAUUAAAAGCUACCACAGAUCCGUUUAGUUCCAGAGCAAGAGUCUGGUACAGCAGAGAAUACCUUAAACCAGUUAUAAUUUGGGGAUUUAGCUUACUGGUCUGCACUCCUUUGCUGCAAAUCUACAGCGUAAAAACGGUGGACAGCAACGUUGCUUGUAUAACUACGAGAAAUGGAGUCAUUGUCCCACAGAUUUAUUACAGUUUGCAUACGACAUUAUUCUUUGUGGCCCCGUUGUUUUACAUGAUUUUUACCCAAAUCCGAAUUCAUCUCGCUCUUCGCACAAGCGUUACACCAACGAGCAAAUUGUUCACUUUGCUAGCACAGAGACGACACAAAAAGGCAUCAAAGACACUUGCUGCACUAACUAUAGCAUUUAUAAUCUGUUGGUCACCUUUCAUGGUCAAUCGGACGCUAAUAUACUUUCGUUUAGCAUCAAAAGGACUCAUUUGGAGGGCGUCUCAACUUUUAAUCUUUCUUAAUACCGGAUUGGAUCCUUUGUUGUACGGUGUGUACGACGGGGACUUUAAGUCUUUACUGCGAAGAGUUCUUUACAGGAACAGGGAUAACAGAGUGAUAUCUCUCCAUCAAAAUACAAUAGAAUGA